CUCUGCCAGAUGCUGGAACUGCAGGAUGCGUCGAGACAUCCUUCUCAGGAAUCGUUAACCGGUGCCGAUGCUGGUCAUUUACAUCCUGGUCACGCGUAUCACAAUGGUCAUCAUCGCCGUUCGCCGAGUUUAAGACAUAACGGAUCUCCAUUGGCCAGAUCUCCAAGUCCUAGACGGCGAGGCCAUCAAUACAUACAUCAUGAUAUUGGGUUCUCCGAUACCGUAUCUAAUGUUGUAGAGAUGGUCAAGGAGACCCGUCAUCCAAGGCACGGAUAUGGGCAUCCGCGUUAUCCAAGAG